CCAAACAUUACACACACACUAUCCCUCUCUCGAUCCUUUUUCCUUUCCCAGUAGCACACCAAACAAACAAACGCUCUCUCUCCCUCUCUUAUUAAUCACUCCUCAAUUUUCCCUAACGGAAACAAAAACCCUAAUAAUAAUCGGAAAUCAAAAUGGCGGUGACGACGGAAGAAACCGGCGGUGGCGCCACCGUGAUUGACCACACCUACGAGUUCUCGGCGCCGCGUUUCUUCGAUUUCGUCAGAGGAGAGUCUGAUGAGGAAUCGCUUAAGGCUGAGCUCUGGUUCGACACCGCUCUCUCCUACGCUCCUUCGCCAGCAUUCAUGCCUAAAAUCAAGACUGGUAGAUCUAUUACUGUGGAUACCUUGUGUGAUUUUAAUGAAGCUGACAAAAUGCAGAAGAUGUUAGCUAGUGUUGAUGAUAAUGUUCUGGAAACCAAUAUACAACAACAGAGCAUGACUACCAAAGCAAAGGAAGAUGAAGCUGACAAAGUGCAGAAGACGUCAGCAAAUGUUGAGGAUAUAGUUCUGGAAACCAAUAUAAAACCACAGUGUGUGACUACUGUAAAGGAAGAUGAUGCACCUUGCCCUGACAAGGAAAGAAGUGAGAAUGAUUAUAAAGAAGAUAGUGCAUGCUUAAAGGUUUCAUCUGGAGAAGCAUUCGUUGAAGUAGCAAAAGAUGCUUGCACGCCAAAACCAGCACUACUGAAAAAAGUUGCCACAUCCACUAAUUCCAAGAAGACACAAAAUAAGAAGAUGGCCACGAAUACAAAAACUCAGUUAAAGUCAGCAACAGUGAAGAGCAUUGCAGGGACUCCUCACUUGGUCCAAGAGAAUCAAGCCAUUAAGAGGCAAAAAUUGGAUGGAGGAAAAUCUAGACAGAUACUGAAUGCCAAGCAUCAGACAUUGCCUCAUAAUAAGUCAAAAUUGGGUUUAACCGUGUCUGCUAGCACCAGUAAAUAUAACAAAGAGGACAGAAAGGUUUAUGUUCGUGAAACACCAACAACACCAGCCUCUGUACCAUUUGUAUCAAUGGCAGAAAUGAUGAAAAAAUUUCAAUCUAGUACCAGAGACCUGUCAUUGCCCAGCUUUGUUUCUCACACAAAACCAAAACUCACAUUGACUAGGCCUAAGGAGCCUGAAUUUGAGACAUCUCAGAGGAUUCGCCCACCUAGGGUGAAGAGUAGUGCUGAGCUUGAGGAAGAAAUGAUGGCUAAAAUUCCAAAAUUCAAGGCUCGACCAGUGAAUAAGAAGAUUUUGCAAACUGCAACUUUGCCUCCCGUUCCAAGAAGUACACCACAGCUACCAGAGUUUAAGGAAUUUCAUCUGGAAACUUUGGCUAGGGCCCAUCAGAAUGCAGAUACAGCUUCAAUGGCUUCAACAGAGGUGUCUCAUAAGCAGAGUUCAUGGAAGCAUCAUAUUACAGAACCAAAAACACCUUUACUCCAAACUUCACUAAGAGCCCGCCCACCCAAAGUGAAAAGCUCAUUAGAAUUAGAGCAAGAGGAGCUUGAAAAGAUCCCUAAAUUCAAGGCAAGACCUCUAAAUAAGAAGAUCUUCGAAAGCAAAGGGGAUAUUGGAGUAUUCUACCAUACCAAGAAACAUGUUACCGAACCUCAAGAAUUUCACUUUGCCACAGACGAAAGGAUUCCGCCACCUGCUGCCAUGGCUGAUUUAUUUGGCAAGCUUUCUUUGAAGUCUGAACCUUCACGUAAUCACAACCCAAUCCCAAGAAACACGACUCCAAAUCCGUUUCAUCUCCACACAGAGGAAAGAGGUGCUGAGAAAGAGAAGAAGCUGGUCGUGGACCUUCUGCAGAAACAGUGGGAAGAGGAAAACGCAAGGAUUCCCAAGGCUAAUCCAUACCCUUACACCACUGAUUACCCUGUGAUCCCACCAAAACCAGAACCAAAGCAAUGCACAAGACCAGAGCCAUUCCAAUUGGAGAGCCUGGUGAGACACGAGGAAGAGAUGCAAAAGGAACACGAAGAAAGACGCAGAAUGGAAAAAGAAGAGGCUCAGAUGAGAGCGUUCAAGGCACAACCAAUCAUAAAAGAGGACCCAAUCCCCGUUCCAGAGAAAGUCCGCAAACCCCUCACCCAAGUUCAGGAAUUUAGUUUACAUGUGAAUCAUCGGGCAGUGGAUAGAGCACAAUUUGAUGAAAGGAUUAAGGAAAAGGAAAUGAUGUACAAACGAUACAGAGAAGAGAGUGAAGCAGCAAGAAUGAUAGAGGAAGAGAAAGAGUUGAAACAGAUGAGAAGGACAAUGGUUCCACAUGCUAGGCCAGUUCCUAAUUUUGAUAAUCCAUUUUGUCCCCAAAAGUCUUCAAAGGACAUAACAAAACCCAAGUCACCAAAUUUGCGUGUACUUCAUAGAAAGGAAAGACGGAAGGUAUUCAAUGGAACUGCGUUCUCGAGUCCAGCUGCUAACAUGAGAUGACUCAAUUUUUCAGUUCCAACUUUGUGAUUAGUGUUCAAGAACUCUUGAAUCAUUGACCCCCCCUCCCAAGGUGUUGUGUUGUGUAAUACUUAAAUUCUUUGAUGUAUAUUUUUGAAAAACAAGUUAACGGUCAUAUGUACUUUAUAGCCAUACAGUGUGAUCAUUAAUGCUAUUUUUCGUAGAUUAAUAAUGCUAAUUAAAUUAUGAAUUCCUCUGAAAA